AUUCAAAAGUCAAAGAUGACAGCCAUGUCUUAUCGAGAUCAUCCAUAAACAAGAUUAAACCCCAACAUAAUAAUCUUGCUCAUGAACAAAUCCACUGAAACCAGUAAAACUAGCAUGACCAACCCCCACUUCCUUCUUCUUUGCUGCCCUGCCCAAGGCCACGUCAACCCCACUCUAGAGCUCGCCAAGCUCCUCCUCACCCACGGCGGCGGCGCCACCGUCACCUUCGCCACCACCGUCCGCGGCCUCCGCGGCAUCACCACCACUCUCCCCACCCUCCCCGGCCUCUCCUACGCUUCCUUCUCCGACGGCUUCGACGACGGCGAUCACCCCACCACCGAUCAAACCCGAGUCAUGUCCGAGUUCAAGCGAGUCGGCUCCCAAACCCUAACUCACCUCCUCACCACCCUCUCUCAUGGCGGCUCUCCGGUGACCUUCAUAAUCUACACCAUCCUCCUCCCCUGGGCCGCGGCCGUGGCACGUGACAUGCACGUGGCCUCCGCUUUCUUCUCCAUUCAGUCCGCCACUACUUUCGCUAUAUUCCACACCUACUUCAACAACCCUUCGAUUUCCAUUAAAUUACCUGGACUGCCAUUGUUUUCAAGCGACGACGUACCUUCGUUUCUCUCACCUGAGAAUCCACACAGUUCUGUGAUACCUACAAUCAAAGAACACAUACAAACCCUAAAAGAAGACCCCAAUCCAUUGAUUCUCGUAAACACAUUCGAUGCUUUUGAACAAGACUCAAUCAGAGCCAUUGCUAACAUGAAGGUCAUUGCAAUCGGACCGUUAAUUCAAUCCAAAAAUUCCAUUAAAAUCGACUUGUUCGAGCGAUCUGGAGAGGACUAUAUUCAAUGGUUGGAUUCAAAACCCGAUUGCUCCGUCGUUUACGUGUCGUUUGGAAGCAUGGUGGUACUUAGAUUGGAAACAAGCAAGUUCAUUGAGGCUGAGUUGGGUACAGGAAAUGGGUUGAUAGUGUCGUGGUGUUUGCAAUUGGAGGUGUUGGGACACCGUUCAAUUGGGUGUUUUGUGACGCAUUGUGGUUGGAAUUCGACGGUAGAGAGUGUGGUUGCGGGUGUGGCGAUGGUGGGGUGUCCGGUAUUUUCGGAUCAGAUGACGAAUGCAAAGAUGGUGGAGGAGGUGUGGGGGGUAGGGGUGAGAGCGGUGGUGAAUGAAGAGAAAGUGGUGGAGAGGGAGGAGAUUGAGAGGUGUUUGGAUGUGGUGAUGAGAGGGGGAGAGAGGGGAGAGGAGAUUAGAAAGAAUGUUGUGAAAUAGAAAGGGUUUGCUUUGGAGGCUAUUAAGGGGGGUGGUUUUUCACAGAAUAAUUUCAAACAUUUUUUUGAAAGAUUAGGGUGAAAUUAUUGUAUUGUAUUGCAUUGUAUUGAAUCACUGGUUGUCAGUGUACACUUCCCUUCUUUCCUAUUGUAUGGAAUCACUAGUUAUCAGUGUACACUUUCCUUC